AUGGAACCUGGCGAUGGAGCGAAGCAGGGCGCCGAGACCGGCGCCGCCACCUCCGCCGAGACCCCAGAAAGCGAGGAGAAUAUCGAUUUUCAAUCGCCCUUCCGUCGACGUAAAGUUUUGUCGCGUGCUUCGAACACAAUAUCAGCGGCAAGCAAGCUGCUUCGCCAGAAAAUACCAUGCUCAGGUCAUCUAAUGACGCCGCGCAGGUUGUGGCUGCAGUCGGUGCCCACACAGGAUUGCGACGUGGUUAUGACCUUUCCGCCAGGUGCAUCGGACAUUACCCUGAUGUGGCUGCUGCAGCGCCUGCGGUCAAGCACCCCUGGCUUGGUGGUGCACGUCAAACACCACGCUUCCACCGACAGAUACGGCUUUUAUUUGACAGCAACGCCUCCUCUGUUACUAAAGUCGGCUGAGGAGUUGCACUUGCCUAAGAAGGUGAAGGGAUCAUACGGCGGCGGUCAGAAGGAGUUCGUGCAGCACGAGUCACACAUUUUCGAAGGGAUAGAAGAGUCAAGCUCGUUUUUCUCGAGCCAGGAGCGUCAGUGGCUGGUGCUCAACCUUCUGCAGAUGCUGCGUGCCACUUCCGGUGACGAGGUGGCUGGACUUCGGCUCAUCGAGGGCCAAGCCAUUGUGCCUAAGUGUAUUUCUGCUGGAAUCAUCUCUGAAGUCUUUCCUCUGCACGAAACUGAGUCCUUGAAACGCCUUCGAAAAUCCUGGGUUCGAGCCAUCUUUAAAAGACAACCGCUUGAUCGGAUCUGUGAAUACUUUGGCGUGAAGAUUGCCAUGUACUUUGCGUGGCUUGGACACUACAAUACUGCUCUAAUAGUGCCGGCAGUCGUGGGAUUGCUUUUCUGGGUGUUUAUCUGUGGUGGUGAUCAGAAGAAAGAAGACAUUGGAUUUGUGAUUUUCUCACUGUUCAACGUAAUCUGGGCAACAGUGUACCUGGAGACGUGGAAGCGGUACAGUGCCGAGCUGGCCUACCGCUGGGGAACCCUUGACCAAAGGGACGAGUUGCUGGUCGAGCCACGGCCUCUUUACACGGGGACACUAGAGAAGAGUCCAGUCACGGGCAGGCAGGAGCCGCAUUACCCAGCGUGGAAACGACACGUGUUCCGUUACUUCAUCAGCAUCCCAAUCAUCGCAUUGUGUUUGGCUGUGGUAUUUAUUGUCAUGUUUGUCAUUCUCGAGUUACAGGAAUGGUGGGAUUCAAAGCUAUUAGCCAAGGGUUAUCCCUUCUGGCUGAGCUACAUUCCGAAAAUUCUGCUCGCUUGCACUAUCACAGUGAUGGAUGAGUGUUACUACAAAGUGGCUCUGUGGUUGAACGACUGUGAAAACUACAGACUUGAGACCAAGUAUGAAAACCAUCUUAUCGUCAAAGUAGCAUUGUUCCAGUUCGUGAACUCAUUUCUAUCACUCUUUUAUAUUGCUUUCUAUUUGCAAGACCAAGAAAAGCUAAAGGAGCAACUGGCGGCUCUACUCAUUGCGCGCCAAGUGAUUGGAAACAUAAAAGAGUGCGCUCUACCCUAUUUACUGGAGCAAUUCCGUCUUGCUAAAUUGAGUUUUGAGCUGUUUGGCGCAUUAAGUCCGUCCGAUGAUGACAAAAAAGACGUUGGGGAGCCUAGCGACAAAAAUACUGCGUCGCCAGCACAAGCUGAAGAAGCGGUAUCUGCUGGCGCUGAAGAUAGCAAAACAGAGGCCGAGACAAAGCAGGAGGCAGACAAAAAAGCUCGGAACUUGAGUCAAGCCGAGCUAGAAGGAACUCUGUCCAAGGCAAAUAUAUUUUCGUUUCUCUCUCUCAACUCUCACGAAAAAAGUUUCUAUUUGCUACAGUACGAUGGAACGUUUGAGGACCAUCUAGAGAUGUUUAUUCAGUUUGGCUAUGUCGUCCUUUUCUCGUCCGCUUUCCCAAUGGCUGGACUCUGUGCAAUGCUCAAUAACUUGAUUGAAAUACGCACAGAUGCCUUCAAACUAUGUUUUAUAUUCCAACGGCCUUUUGGACAGCGCGUUACCAAUAUCGGAACAUGGCAGGAUGCAAUGGAAGUGAUGGGGAUAAUUGCUGUCCUGGUGAAUUGCGCACUGAUAGGUCUUUCUGGUCAAGUUCAUCGAAUGUUUCCCGAAAUGUCAACAACACAAACAAUCUUAUUGAUUGUAAUUCUAGAGCACGUAAUGUUGACGCUCCGCUUUGUAAUAUCAUACGCGAUUCCCGACUUGCCUUCUUGGGUGGCCACCGAAAUGGCAAAGGUCGAGUUCUCUCGCAGAGAGGCUUGCAGGAGAGCCUCGUCAACAGCGACCCCUUCGCACGAAACAAGCACCUCUGAGCCAGGAUUGGUAAUCGGAAGGUUUGUAGUUUCCCCUGCGAGCGAGGAAGAUCAAGAGCAGUCUGCAAAGGAGAAGGUCCCCGAGGAAAAAGAAACCGACGAAUCUAAAGCGCCUCCAGAAACCACUCUGUCGAUCCCAUCCAUACCACAAUCUUUCUCGACGAGCCAGAUGUACGAAAAGACAGGCAUGAGCUCCAGAAUCGAAUCAGAAACCCCGUCUCCCGGCCGUCACACCGAUUCCAGUGAAUCUGAUCAUGACAAAUCUGACAAAUCUUCGCCAGGCUUCUCAAAAUCCAGAGAGUGGCUGGGCGAGGAUAAAAAUAAAACUAGGGAGCCGUUCCCACCGUUAAGCUCUCAUAUUCUUAAUCACCACCUGACCAUCGGCCCACACGGGGGUAUAGAUUGGGUGAAGCGUUUCGGUCUGGACACGGCAGCAUCAAGGAAAUCGAGUAACUCAAGCCAAAUGGGCCUAAGCCGAGAUCGCUCGGCAAACAGCGAGUCCAGUGACGAGAGCACCUCCAUUCGUCACAGCACCGACUGCAUUUUAGCCAAAGACACGGCUUCCUCAGAUUCUGACCUGUUGAGGUCGGCACCUCCUUGGAUGCAGCCGAGAUCCAAAUUCAGAUUUUCCCCUGAGAAGAACGGCGGUCAAGCGGCUGUUUCUGAGGUUGCUGGGCCCGAAGUUCGGCGACCGAGUGCACCUGCCAGCACCCUGGAAAAGAUCAACGGCAGAGACGAGCUGCUGCACCCUUCCUCGAUCGUCACAGAGCGGCCCAGAGCAUCCUUGGACCCUGCGAACGCAGCUCUGGUGACGAUGGCAGUCGCAAAGCCGCCCUCGCCCGUGAAGCCUACCACGCCCGAGAGGGUGGAGGCCUCGUCGUCUGCCGCCGCAUCGACGUCGGCAGUGGUACCGGCUAAUGAAGAUCUUGCCGCCAAAAAGAGCAGAGUUAAGAGCAGUUUGCUGAAGAGAGCUCGAAGUGUCGCUAUUUUCUCGCUGAAACUGAAAGAGCGCCGAGCGAAAGAGGCACUAAAAGAACAAGAAAAAGCUAUCAGUCCGCCAAAAACAUCAUCGCAGCAGUGGAUUGGACGCAAUCCAGACAGGGUUGAGGGCGAGCUAUCGUGCAUUCCUAUUGAAAAGCUCAUUUCUGUGGACGACGUGGCCGUCGAGUUGAUGCGAAAGCGUACUAACACCUGAUGUGAUCAAUUCAACUGUUCGACGCAACGCUCUGCUGGAGCCUAUGGGGUUUAUUAGGGAAUCUGUAUUUAUAUAGAGUUGACUAUGAAACACAUCUCAUAUUUUCACCACUUUCUCUCAAGAGCAAUUUACUUUGUCUCAAAAAAUCGAAUCGAAAAGGGAGACUAAACCUAAAUGUCAUAUUUUCAUCCUACAUUGCGUUUUUCCCACUUUCAAGAGAACAAGGUAAUUUCGUCCAACUACUCGCGACGCACGAAAUUAAAAUGGCUUGAUCAAGUUAAAACAAACAACAAUGUGAAAAACGGCAUUAAUAUCUAGAAAGCUCCCCCGUAAUAAAUUCAUCAAGAUUAUAUUUUGUCUAUAGUGAUGUUACUGGCAUGUUUGCGAUAUAUGCAUAUUGCUUAUUUUUAGAUUCUCAUCGCGUGUUAGGAGCAAGAAAGUACGGCACAUCAGCGUGCACAGGCAUUGUCUCGUAUCAUUGUAUAGACGAAUUAAUCAGUAUUGAUCAUUCAAAUAGUCCGUUUUCAUCCUCAUUGGUUAAACAAACGAUUAAUUAUUUGCAAUCCAUCCAGAGUGAAAAUUUUGCGUGGAGAAGGCAAAACUUUUGGUUGCGUUCGCAAUUGAUGAUGAAAUGUACAAAAAAGACUUUGACGAAUCGGGGGUAUUUUAAUUUUCACGAUUUUUUCACUAGUCAUGCACGGCAUUUCCAGUUUAUUGUGAGGCGAGAGGAACCUGAUUAUUAAAUAUUGUAAUCGCAAUAACAGUGUUUAUACAACUUUUUUGGAGGAAUAAUUGUUAUAGCACAACAUGCUGUUAUAUAUGUGUAUAAUAUGUUAAUAUAGAGUUAUAUUUCCAAUAAUAUAUUACUCUUCCUUUGCAUAGUCAACGUGCAAUGAAAAUCGCUCUUAAGAUUGUAAAAUUACACCCACAAAGGUGUAUAAAUUAGUUUGUUACGAAGUUAUACCAUAUUAUUGCAUCGAAAGACUUGGAAAGGGACUAAACUGAAAGCAUUCAUUCAGAGGCGAAAACCAUAAUAAGUAACCAAAACUAGCGUACGCUUGGCUUAUUCUAACUAGAAAUCCGUUGUUACGCAUCUGUGUUGUUCACUCCUAAGCAAAUUUCACGACAAAAACAAAUUUGCGUGUUCCAUCAACAGCGUUGCCCUACAAAAUGGUACUAAAAGCAAGCAUUUCAGUGCAAUAUCAAAUAAGUAUAUUUUGCAACAGAUAUGUACGCGUCAGAUUUGUUGGUUAGCUUUUUUGGAGGAGAUCGGGAGCGUUGGUUGCGAUGGAAAAAAUUUAAGGAGUGCCGUGUGAGCAACGAAUUUUUCUAAAAUACGAACUGCUCGCGAUUAGAAAUAGCAUCCGCUCAAAACAAAUUCGUUUAGCAGUGCGCAAUAAACUAUUGUAUGGUGUCCACAAAACAAAGGAAAUGCGAUUACAUAUAUUCUUUCUGGCGAAACGAGCGCAAUGUGUGUUCACCGAUUUUCUAGUUACUGAUUCGUUAUACCCAUACUUAACCACUUUUCCAGGUGGUAUCCCUUUCAAACAUUUAUUAGUUCGGCAUUAAAUAAAUAGUGGAUUGGUGUAUGUUUUGCCUUCAUAAAGAAAACUAUAUCGAUCGUCCUUAGAAAAUUGCACCAGGGUUAUUCAAUAGCUAUAUACAAUGUAAAAGAUUUUGGUUACUGUUGGUUUCAUUUGUAUAAAAAUAACUUAAAACCGUGAAAGAAAAAGGGAGUCGUUGCUGAAAUGUCGUAGCGUAAAAAUAGUUCAUCUUAUAAUAAAUAGGAUACAGUUAAUUUAGACAAAAGUAAAUGAGUAAUCGGAAGAUCGAUGCUUUUUUUGCAUUGUUUCAGCGCUUCUUCAAAUCAAUUAGCGAUAUAGCAGCAUACACAUACAUACACUCACAAAAUACACAGCGUACGGAACGGUUGUCAUCUAUAUAUAGCGGCACCAAAAUGCUUUAAAAAAAAGUGCAGCCGCAGAAGGUUUCGUAAUGUAACAAUGCAACCAACAACAAACAGAAAGUAACUAAAUAUCAAUAAAAAUCCGCCUGUCAUGGUAAGUUUGCUGUAAUUUUCUGUGAUACUUUACGUUGGAUGUUUUUGGGAGUAAACUGCAGUGCAUUAUCUCUUUUUAUAAGAUAAAAUGAUAAGAAACGAACACAAAAAAAUCAUCAAAGAAUAAAAAUACAUAAAUACAUACACGCUUCAUUCCAUAUUUAAAUAAAAAGUUGCACUUAGCUCUUGCACACUUGUUGAGUACGCGUUUGUUUUUCAUUGCCUAAUAACACGCAGUGUAGUCUGCAUGGAGCACAAAAAAACAAUUUUCUUGUGUCGCACGUUGAGUUUGGCUGAGGUUGCAGAACAACUGCUCUUUCAUUUUCGCAGCUCGAAUAUGGGAUUAAAUAAACUACAACAAUACGAUGUUUAACUGUGUAUUUUAUGUGCUCAAAGUGCCUAUUGCAGAAACCUGUCGUUUUGAGAAGAAUAAAUGUUGUGCAUAGCUCAAUAAUA